GGGCUGGAGGAGGCAGCCCGGGAGCGAGUCGAGCCUUCGGAAGGGUUGGCGGAGCGGCCAGACUCGGCGCACGGCGGAGCGCAGCCUGAGCCUGGGAGCUCCCCCCACCAUGCGCGGCGGCCCGGUGUAGCUACUCGAUGGAGCCGGGCAACUUCUACGAGGCGGACUCGCGGCCCCCGAUGAGCAGCGCCCUGCCGCCCAGCCGCCACCAGCCUCUGCCCUCGGCGCACCCGCACCUGCCCGCGGCCCACCACCCGCACCCGCACCCGCACGCCCACCCGCCGCCGGGCCCCGGCUACGGCUACCUGCCGGCGGCCGAGCUGCAGGACAUCUGCGAGCACGAGAACUCCAUCGACCUGAGCGCCUACAUCGACCCGGGCGCCUUCAACGACGAGUUCCUGGCCGACCUCUUCCAGCACAGCAAGCAGCAGCAGGAGCGCGCCGCCAAGGCCGGCCUGGAGUGCGGCAUGCAGGGCGGCGGCGGCGCGCUCUACGGCUACGCGGACAAGCUGGAGGGCGGCGCGGCCUACGAGCGGCUGGGCGCGGGCCCGGCGCUGCCCGGCCUGCGCCCGCUGCUCAUCAAGCAGGAACCCCACGAGGACGACGAGGCGGCGGCGCUGGCCGCCCUCUACCCGCCGCCGCCGGCCGCCUGCAGCCACCUCCAGUACCAGGCGGCGCACUGCGCCCAGACCACGGUGCACCUGCAGCCCGGCGGGCAGCCCACGCCGCCGCCCACGCCGGCCCCCAGCCCGCACCACCCCCACCCCCACCACGCGCACCCCUCGCAGCCGCCGCGCCUGCACGCCGCCGCCUCGUCGGGCAAAGGCAAGAAGAGCCUGGACAAGAGCAGCAGCGAGUACCGCGUGCGCCGCGAGCGCAACAACAUCGCCGUGCGCAAGAGCCGCGACAAGGCCAAGCAGCGCAACGCCGAGACGCAGCAGAAGGUGCUGGAGCUGAGCUCCGACAACGAGCGCCUCCGCAAGCGCGUCGAGCAGCUCAGCCGCGAGCUGACACCCUCCGCGGCAUCUUCCGGCAGCUGCCCGAGAGCUCGCUCGUCAAGGCCAUGGGCAGCUGCGCCUGAGCGCCCCGACGGCACGAACGGGCCCCCCGGCCGGCGCUCCUCGGCCCUCCCGUUUGCCCGGAAGGCAGGCCGGCCGCCGCCGCCGCCGCCGUGGGCCAACGCGGGGAGGGCAGGACUGGCUCCAGCGCGCCCCCUCCGCGGCUAAAGUCCGGACCGAACUUUGACCGACCCAGACUGAUGCCGGGGCUGAGCCCCGUUUGCCGAGCGCCCAAAUCGUGUGCCUUCUACGGGGAGCCGCUCCGAGCCGCCGCUCUCCCCCCGACUGUUCCUGAGAGCCCCAAGCCUGACUCUUGCCUCUCCGGUAUCGCCCCCUCGGGGACUGGGGAUUGACAGCCUGGACCGUCUAGGGACGAACCCAGGUUAACGUGUGAACCCGCUUAAAGGGAUUGGGGCAUGCAGGGGGGAGCCUGAAAUCAAAGACUGAGUGCAGCCCUCGGCUGAUGUGCCGGGGAGGGGGAGGUUGGGGAUGGUUGGGGAUCCAGCGGUUGCCUGGAGGAUCGAGUGCAAUUGGGGACUUUGCUGCUGCUGCUGCUGUUUUUCAAAGAGGGCGCGCCCCCCCCCAUGUCGGUAAGGGCUGGGGUGGGGUGGGGGAUAUUUUGGGGAGGGCUGGCUAGAGUCUUCUUCCCCUGCCGGAUGAAAAAUUGAGGACUCUACGGGGAAACUGGCACCGGGAAUGGAGUUCUGGGCCAGGCAGGGUCUCCUGUCACCCAAGCGAAAACCAGCGUGGUUGUCUGUACUGUAUGUUAAAACUGUGGUGGAGCACAAAACCAAAGCUGAAAAAUACCAAUGGAUGCGGGUAUCCACUUCUUCCAAAACCUGUUAAGUUUUCUCUGCUUGGUUGCUGCACCUUUCCCUCGCCUCCCCCCACCUGUGCCUUCUGUACUGUGAAAGCCGAGAAGCCCCCUUGGUGGUUGCUGGCCAUAUUUUGUAUUUUAUUGCUUGGAUCCUUGCCAUGUCGACAGGAACCUCUCCUUGGCCUGUCAUUUUCUGUCUUUUUAAAAAUUGUAUUGUUGCUUCUGGAGCUGACUUUUAGCAGUUCCCAUGAGUGUGACCGGUUGAGGAUUGCCUGCCACCCAAAGGCAGGAAGGGAGCCCACAAGUUUCUUGAGCUUCUUGCCUGGCUCUGAGAGUCUAGUUUGUUCUGCAUCAGGUUUGUCUCCUUUAUGGGGUGGGGGGAGGCUGUUCUGCUUAGCAAGAACCUCUUCACCUACCCACCCCAACCUUUCCAGAGAGCACUUUUAACCAGCUGGUGCUUUUCCUACUAUGAAUUUAGCACCGAGGUUAAAAACUUUUUAAAAGUGCCAAUUUUGAAUGCUCAUAUUCCCAGGUAGAAGAAUUUAACGUUGUUGGUCUUUUUCUUAUUAGUAUGAUGUACAUGGAAAUUUUAUGCAUUUUUAUAUCAAAACGGUGUAUUUUGGAACCCAAAUGAUACAGAAUGUUUAAGUCCUUGGUUAAAAUUCAUAAAUAAAAUGCAAAUAUUCUGCCAUAACUUAGA